AUGAGCGGGAAGUACAAAGGUGUGCAAAGAAGAGUACUUGAAAUGAAUCCCCGAGCUUUCUAUACUCCAUGUGGCGCUCAUAGUCUAAAUCUAGCGUUAUGUGAUAUGGUGAAUUGUUGUUCCAAAGCUGUAUCAUUCUUUGGAGUGAUACAUCGCAUCUACACUUUGUUUUCAUCUUCUACGAAGCGAUGGCAAAUUUUUAAAGAUAAUAUAAAAGGGUUGACAGUAAAGCCGUUGUCACAAACACGUUGGGAAAGUCAUGUUGAGAGUGUAAAGCCUAUAAUGGAGCAAACUGCACAAAUAAGAGAAGCAUUACUUGAUUUGGCUGAAACUAACGAAGAUCCUAAAAUAAAGAGUGAAGCCGAGUCAUUGGCAACACAUGAACUUCAGGAUUUUGAGUUCUUGCUUGGCAUGAUAAUCUGGUAUAGGUUGUUGCAUGCAGUCAAUAUUGUGAGUAAAUUUCUUCAAACUGAAUCCAUGGACAUUGAUCAUGCUAUCGACCUAUUGCAAGGACUUAGGUUAAGGAGUGCAACUUUAUCAAGUUUGUUGAACUCUUGUAUGAAUCUUGAAAAAUAUCUUGAACAUGAUGGGCUUUCGGAUAUCAGUGGAGAUGAUUUAUGUUCAGAAUUACAAGUCUUGAAGAUUUAUUUACCAAAUGAAGCAACAAAAGCAAUUGAAGUGCUAAACUAUUUGAAGACAUUGGAUGUUUGUUUUCCAAAUGCUUAUAUUGCUUACAAAAUUUUGUUAACCGUACCGGUUACAGUUGCAUCUGCGGAAAGAAAUUUCUCGAAAUUGAAGUUGAUCAAGACUUAUCUCCGAUCAACUAUGUCACAAGAAAGAUUAAACGGGUUGACUAUGUUAUCAAUAGAAAAAGAAAUGGUUAAGCAGCUAAGUUAUUCAGAUUUGAUUGAUAAUUUAGAACAAAUAUUAUAUGGAAUAUAUGAUUUAUAUGUGAAACUAUUGGGUGCGAAUGUUAGUCGGAUCAGGCCAAUUGUUUCUACAAUUGUGAAAGAUCUGCUGACACCUCCGGUUAGUACUAUUGUUUCGGAAUUUGCUUUUAGUGCAGGUAAAAUGGUUUUGACCGAUGUCAGGAGCCAACUGAAAGAAGAUGUUUUGGAAGCGUUAAUGUUUGUGAAGGAUUAA